AAUCAAGUACAUCGUCGAGACCACCUGCUCGUUCGAGGGAUGAUAAGAAGGUCAUUGACUCCAGCAAACAACAACAAAAGAACCCAAUGCCAUCAUCCGAAGAAACCAUGGACACAUCAUCGACGUCCAACAAAGGCACCAGCGGUACGACCUCGUCCGCAUCAAGCGGCGUCGCAGCCGCCCCCGCCUCUUCAUCCGAGGACGUUUACGAGUUUAAAUCGGUGAAGGAGUCGUCCGACUCGGCGUCGUCACCAGACGUGAAAAAUUCCGAAGCAGCGUCGUCGCCGAACGACGUUAACGACGCCGUUGAUCCUCUUGGUGGCCUGGCGCCACCUGCAACCGGUGCGACGGCUUCAGAUGAAAGCUCGAAACGUAAUUAUUCCGAAGUAUCAGACACUGGUGAAGAUGGAAGUUGCAACGACGAAGAAUCCCGUAGGAAGAAACGUAAAGAAGAAGGAGGCGCUAAAGAGUCCAAGUCGGGGCCGGCUAUCCAAAGAAAUGUGGGACAAGGUAAAGGGGGUGUAGCGUCGACCAAACAAGGAACUGGGGGUGGCACUGGAAAUACACCCAGCAGCAAGGCGUCGGGGACGGCAAGCGCAUCAAAAACCGCUGUCGCUGCAAAUUCCGAUCGGAAAACUCCGCCAUGCACCAGUCCUAAACCUGCCAGUGCUAGUGACGCGGAAACUGAUGACGGAAAAACAGACCUUAAG